GGCGAAGAAACAGCAGCAGUAUAGCACUUGGAAAGUCGGCAUCUGUUCUACCUCACAUUUAAAAAAAAGAAGAAAGAAGUCAUUGCGGAUUAUAUAAAAAUACAUAAAGUUGACUAGCACUCGAGCAACUUUACCUCGUCGCGGCAAAACUAACUAACAUUUCGUCUGACUUUUUUCUCAGUUCUUCUGUCGCUCUCUUUCUCGUUUUUUCUCUGGGAACCGCCGAUGUCAGCACCCAAGAUUUGCCGCGUUCUGCUCCCAUAUCACUACCUCUCUACUAUUGAACGGGCGGCUGCUUGUAUUCCUCACGUUCGUUUGGGCAUAGUUGAAGUAUAUACAUAUACCCGGGAGAAGGUGCUAUUGUCGCUGGCAGGUUAAUAAACGCAGAGUGGGUUAUUAUGUUUGCGCUUUCCGCUUCGUGAUUGCUUCUUCGGCGCCUUUGUCCGCUAAUGCCGCAACCUCCUUGGUUGCUCAGCGAGUAGAAGGUGUAUGCGACUCAGUCCCUCCUGCGUUUGUUAUGGUGUCAGUGACUGCAGAGGUGGAGAUACUUCUUGGGUUCACGAAAGCGGAAAUGUGCGUCCUCUUCGCGGAACCUAAUAAAGGCUCUAUAACACCGCAACGACUGUUGACAGCGCCACCCCGUUUUGCGAAGGGCGGCUCGUCGGCGGGAAGGUUUCGAGUCGACGCGAUCCGACAGUUCCUCGUCGACCGCUACCUCGAAGACUGCUGCGAGUGGCCCUGCGGCUCGAUGAAGGUCUCGGUCCGGAUCCGGGGCGAGUGGCUGGCAGUGCCAUGCCGCGACGGCCGCCAGACGGUGCAGUGGUUGGGCGAGGAAGCACUGCGCCGGUACGUAAAGCUGCAGCCCUCCUCGUACCUAGACGGCCGCUCCGAGAAGAUCUUCGAGAUCCGCAAGACCAGGGGAGGCGCCAUCUUGGACGGAGAGGACGUCAUCAAGAACGUCCUGGACGACAACGAGUUUGUCUCUGUCGUUUUGGACACUGACAGGCCUUCGCCAGUGCUGGGCCCAGCGGAAAUAACGUACAUUCCAGAACAAGUUCCUGGAAAGUUCAAGGCUCCAUCUCAGAUCAUGACGAUCGACGGCAACAACCUGACGCCGGAAGACCUUCUCGAACUCAGCAAGGGCAAGUACAGAAUACAGCUGAGCAGCGACUCGCUCGACCGAGUUAAGAAAGCGAGAGAAAUGCUGGAAGCCAUUCUAAAGGAAAACAAAGUGGCCUACGGUCUAAACACUGGAUUCGGAAAGUUCGCAAGGGUCGUCAUUCCGGAUCACAGUCUUCUGGAACUCCAGGAAAAUCUAGUACGAUCUCACUCAGCUGGUGUGGGGAAUCCAUUGACCCCGGAAAAAACCCGGAUGUUACUGGCUCUGCGGAUCAACGUGCUCGCCAAAGGCUACAGUGGCAUCUCUACAGAGACCUUGCUACAACUCGUGGACGCUUUUAACGCAUCGUGCCUGUCCUGGGUGCCCGAGCAAGGCACCGUGGGCGCCAGCGGAGACCUGGCUCCCCUGGCACACCUGGCGCUGGGGCUGAUCGGCGAGGGAAAGAUGUGGAGUCCGGAGACUGGCUGGGGAGACGCCAAAUAUGUUCUGGAGUCACACAAGCUCACACCAAUCAAGCUCAAGCCCAAAGAGGGGCUCUGCCUCCUGAAUGGUACACAGCUCAUCACGUCCAUCGGAGCGGAAGCCGUAGAGCGAGCAACCAUCUUAAGCCGACAGGCCGACGUCGUGGCGGCCUUGACACUGGAGGUUCUCAAGGGCACAACCAGGGCGUUUGAAAGCGACAUUCAAAAGAUCCGGCCACACUGGGGGCAGGGCAUGGUCGCCAAGAGGCUGCGAGCGCUUCUGCACUCUGAGACCUUUCGCUCGGAGAUUGCAGAGAGCCACAGGUUCUGCAACCGUGUCCAGGACGCCUACACCCUGCGCUGCUGUCCCCAGGUGCACGGCAUCGUGCACGACACCAUCGACUUCGUGCGGGGAAUCAUCACGACUGAAAUGAACAGCGCCACCGACAAUCCCCUCGUGUUCUGCGAAAGAGGAGAGAUAAUUUCAGGCGGAAACUUCCACGGAGAGUACCCGGCCAAGGCGCUCGACUAUUUGGCCAUCGCGGUGCACGAGCUGGGCAGCAUGAGCGAGCGGCGCACGGAGCGGCUCAUCAAUCCGGCGUACAGCGAGCUGCCGGCCUUCUUGGUCCAGGACGGCGGCCUCAACUCGGGCUUCAUGCUCGCCCACUGCACGGCCGCAGCACUCGUCUCCGAGAACAAGGUGCUGUGCCACCCGGCCUCCGUGGACUCUGUGCCAACAAGCGCCGGCACGGAGGACCACGUAUCUAUGGGCGGAUUUGCGGCCCGAAAGGCCCUCAGCGUGGUCCAGAACGUAGAACGGGUCAUCGCCAUCGAGCUGCUCUGUGCCUGCCAGGCCAUCGAGUUCCUGAGGCCUCUCAAGACGACAGCGCCUCUAGAAGCCGUCUACAAGCUAGUCCGGAUGUUCGUCAAAUGCUGGGACAAGGACCGUGUCAUGGCACCUGACAUCGAUGCAGCGACAGACUUGCUCAAACAAUCUCGGAUCUGGGACACCGUGAAGCCACAUAUGGAUCACUACUUCCUCGUUCAAGAGGAAGAAACCAGAAUGCCGUCUCCAACUACCUCGGAAAUCAGCGUUGGAAGCUCUGGUAAAAGGCGCAAGAUGGACUACAACAAUGAUUUCUGAAGCCAAGCACAACUUGGUGCCUCCAUGAAGAAUAAAUGUCAUUUAUCCCACAA